UUUUCAUUGUUGCUAACUUCACACUGUCUCCGCGUGUUGAUGCCGAAGAGAGGAUCGAGGAGAAACAAGUUUUUCCGCAUCGCAGAGUCCCAAACUCUCGCCGAACCCACAGAAAAAUGGAGAUGAAAAAGAGGGUCUCGUUAGAACUGAGGCACCGGUCGCCCACGGAGGUCCAGGAGCUGGUUCUGGAUAACUGUCGCUCCAGUGUAGGAAAGAUCGAAGGAAUCACAGAAGAAUUCUCAAACCUGGAGCUGCUCAGCCUCAUCAACGUCGGCCUGACCAGCGUAGCAGACAUCCCCAAACUGGACAAACUCAAAAAGUUGGAGUUGAGUGACAACAGGAUAUCUGGAGGUCUGGAGGUCCUGGCGGAGAGACUGGUCAACCUAACGCACCUUAACCUGAGCGGCAACAAGUUCAAAGACAUCAGCACUCUGGAGCCGCUGAAAAAGUUGCCCCAGCUGAAGAGCCUGGACCUGUUUAACUGCGAGGUGACCAACCUGGCCGACUACAGGGAGUCCAUCUUCAAGCUGCUGCCUCAGCUCACCUACCUGGACGGAUACGACAUCGACGACUGCGAGGCCUCCGACUCCGACGGCGAAGUGGACGGAGUCGAGGACGAAGAUGAAGAGGGAGAAUCUGAGGACUUUGAGGAGGAAGAGGAGGAUGAUGAAGACGUAGUGGCUGAGGAUGAUGAUGAAGAUGACGACAGUGGAGACGAUGAGGACGGAGAGGUCAACGGAGAGUUGGACAGCGAGGAUGAAGAUGAGGAUGAGGAAGAUGAGGAGGAAGAUGACGAGGAUUCGUCUCCGGCCAAAGGAGAGAAGAGGAAGAGGGACCCCGAGGAUGAGGAUGAUGAGGAUGAUGAUUAAAGACCUUCUUGAACCCCUCCCUCCUCUCGCCCCGCCUCCCACCAACGCUCGCCUCCCUCUUCCUCCGCUCGGUCGACUCCAGGACUGCAUCCCUUUUCUGAAGCUGGUCUCAUCCCAGUGCAGACCUAAACGACUUCCGUUAACUUCUAAAUUCCGGUGUUCAUCGUUCAGUGCGUCAUGUUUCGUGAUCUUGAUCCAAAACUCACUCCCAUUGAUUGUCCUCAUCACAAAAGCUAAAGUAUCCCAAAAAUGCAACAAAACCUGCUAGGAAUAUGACAGUUUACAGCGUAGUCUUACACUUUAAAGUCCCCCUCACAUUACUGUUUUUUGGCUUCUGUUUGUGUGUGAACUCAGGAAAGAAACACGGCGAGGUGAUGUUAAACAAAAAAGCAGAUUACGAGCACAGUUUUAAGGCCAGAAAUAGGCAAAGCAAAGUCUCACUUAAGAGAUAAAAAAAUUUUUUUUUGCAUCUUUUUGUGAUUUUCAGGAUUAAAAGUCAUCAAGCCGUGUCGCUCUGUAAGAAGAAAAAAAACGUGAUGGUAAUUUGUUCAAGCUGAACUCCAAAAUCUUGCUUUUCGUUAGAAUGAAAUGCAUCACCGGUCAUUAUAAGCUCAAAAUGUGUCACAGAGGGGAGUGCAGGUUAGAAACAAGAUUUAUAUUUUACAAUUGAAACACAAAUCUCAAAAAUAGCGAACCAUCACGUUCCCGAAAAAAGUUUGUCAUAAAUUAAUUCGGUGUUAGAAAUGUUUUUAUUUUUUUUCGUGUGGGUUUCAUGUUACAAUUUUGCAGGAGAAGAAAACAUCCCAAGAGCUAAAACCCAAGAAAAAUACACAAAGGUGGCAUCUGUAAAUGGAAAUAAUGAAAGAUAACCAAACCUCUGAUUUCCUUAUUUCCCGUUCACUUUUGUUUUCCCUCUAUUCCUUCUUCCCCAAUGUCCCUCUCUGACAUCAUCACUCUGGGACUGAACCAGCAGCUCUGAUGUCAUCAUUGUGCUCCGGACGAGCUCUGUGAUGUCAUUCAAGCGAGCAUCCGAGAUCCCCUCCUAAAAAUCCCAAAACAACCCUCCAUCCCUCCCCCCCAUGGCCGAGCGCGCUCAGGGCAAACUGUGUUCUCUCUUUUUUGCCAACAGAGCUUUUUAAAAGAAAUAUUUUUUCAGAGAAAUUGUUUCUUGUUUAAUUUUGUAUGGUUGUCUGGGGACACGCUCUCUCUUUCCCUUUCCCUCUGCCUCCCUCUUUGUCUCUGCCUCUUUUCAUUUCUUCCCGCUCAGAGAGAUCCAGCUGUUCCUUCACACUUACACUGACUAGUUGAGUUUGUGUUUUCUUGUUUCUUUUUUACUUUCUGUAAGUUAAAUGAAAAACAAACAAAAAAAGCAUACAAAAACGGACUUUGUAAAUAAAAUCUUAACAUUUUG